AUGUCGCCCUCGCUGGGCCCGUCCGCGCUGUCGUCCACCGCCGCCGUCGCGCGAUCCAGCCCCAACCCGCCCGUCGACGACGCGAAGCCCUUCGCCCGUCCGCUCCGGCUGUCGUCCUCCGCCUCCUCGCCUCGCUCGCCCGCCUUCCCGUCCUCCCCUAUUCGCCGCAAGCCGCUGCCCGUCCGCCAGAACCCCGACCUGGCCUCCAUCUCCUCCACCUCCUCCUCCAAGUCCACCGUCGGCCUCAACACCCCAUCGCCGCCCUUCUCGCCCCUCGAGCCCUUCGAGGUCAGGGACCUUGAUAAAUUCCCUCACGGACACACCCCUUUACACACGCCUCACGACUCCAUUGCUGUCUUUCCACCCGCCCGUGCCCCAGACGCUCGUUCCUCCAAUGCCUAUUCUUCGGACCGUUCGCUGCACGUCCACUCCAGCAAUCGAACCUCGCUCCCCCUCGCCAAGCAGACGCCCUUUCCACUCCCACCUCCAAACACCCAGCAGCCCGCGUUAAUGGCCCUGCACCCGCCGUCCACCCGGCCUCCGCCCCUGAGAAUCGAUCUCAAUUCCCGCAAGAUAUCGUCCGGCUCCAUCGACUACAAGCAGCUGCCAAAAACCCCGGGGGGCAGGAUCACCUCCUUCUUUGGCUGGAAGAGCGCUGCCUCCCCGGGCAACGAGUCCGUCAGCACUGAGAUAUCAGACUCGAUCUUGUCGCCCAUGCCGUCGCCCAUGAACGCCUCCACCCAACCCUCCGCUCAGUCUUCCCGCUUUCCCUCCCGUGACUCCUUUGCCGGCGCAUCGCCAAAGCUACCACCAUCGCGCUCGCAAUCGAUGCCAACAGACAAUAACAACAUGGCUUCGAAGUUAGCAGAGAUGGAGAAUGAACUCCGGGAGAUCAGCUGUGAAUUGGCAGGCUCAAUACGCAGAGAGAUGGAUCUAGAAGAUCUGGUAGACCGACUGCAGUCAGAAACGACCACCCUGCCGGGGAUAAGUAAUCGAAACAGUGACCACUUCUCCGAUUCCGGCUAUGGAUCUGUUAAAUAUCCCAUGAGUGACGCUGGCUUUUCCAGAGCAGAUGAUGUGGAUAAAAUGAAGCGAGAGUUUGAGCAGGAGAGGGCCCAGCUUAAGGUGGAUCUGUCUCAGAGGCUGCAAGAGGAGAGGUCUAAGAGACAAGCUGCGGAUUCUCAUGUUCAGAUAUUGGAAACCCAGGUCAAUCAGCUUCGCCGCGAGAAGGUGGAAGCCUCAAAUGCCAGUGCUAGAGCCAAGGAACUUGAAGCUGCUCUAGAUGAUACCCGCCGUCGGCUCACAGAAGAAAGACAGUUAAAAGAUAAUUUCGAAGACCUUCUCACUGCAAUGAGAGUUGAGUUAGAACAACAUCGAAAUGAGCGAGAUCAGCUGCAAAACCGCAUGCAGCAGGAGAUCCAAGUCCUUCGAAAUGAAAACAGCCUCCUCAGCCAAAGUCGAAAGAUGAUUUCUGAGCAACAACCUACCAGGUUCAACUCCAUCGCCGAGGAGGACGGGGACUUUCCUCAAAAAACUCCUGGCCUUACCAGGUCAAAUUCCCUUGCGCGAAUUCCGCCCACUCGGUCUGGUGGACUGUCAAGAUCAGAGUCCUUAUCGCGCCCCAGUUCUAUCAUCGGCAAGGAGCGUGAUUUCCGCGAGUCGCUGGCGGAUCGAGUUAAGGAUGUCGAAACGCAGCGCGAUGCUCUUCACCAAACUGUCAAAAGUUUGCUUGAAAGACAAUCCUAUGAAGCCAAAAAACACGAGAAACGUAUUCGCAUUUUGGAAAUAGAGCUGGGCCGUGCAAAGCAAUCAACUUCGCCGCGCAAACAAGGAUACGAGCGUGAAGUCACGACCUUAAGAGAAGAAAUAAAUAUCCUCAGAAGACGCGCUGAUGACGCCUUGGACCAAAAAUGGCAAUGUGAAAAGGGUCUCGCCGGGUUAAAGAUGGAUCUUGACCGGGCUGAACAAGAAACGGCCUCUCUUCGAGUUCUCUUACUCGAACAUGCAGUCACGCCUAUAGAAGAUGAAAACGAUUCGGCCGAUUUCCACGCCACGGCGAGUUCUCUUGAGCACGCCUAUACCCAGUUACAGUCCAACCGACAGAGGAACUCCAGGUUAGCAUCGGAUGAUGCCUUCAUUUCUGACGUGACCAAGCAAGUCGCUACUAAUAGCGCACUUCGCGGUCGUCUCUCUGAGGCCAUCGGUCGAGGCGAACGGGAACAAAAGCUCUCCGCUGAAAGAAUCAACGACAUGCAAACAAGGCUAAAACUGCUCGAGGACACGUUAAUAUUGGCACAGCAGCAGUCUGAGGAUGAAAUUGCAAAACACGAACAGGAAAUCGCGACCUUGAAGGAAAGCCAUAGCGCCCAGCUGUUGCGGGCUAAGAACGGGGCGAGAACCCCGGCAUUACUUUCUCCCAUCAUGCCGCCCUCUCCAUUCUCGGGCCCGCGCUCUCCUCGGUUGCAGGUCACGACCAGCGGGCCUGGCGUCGCGCUAAAUCAAGCCGUUCAAGUCUCAGGACUCGAAGCCAAAGUGAAAGAACUCGAAAAAGCGCUGCGCGAUGCCGAUACCGAAAUGAAGCAUGUUGUGGGCAGAAUGAACAUGGCGCAAAUUGAAGUCGCCGAGCUUCAGGCUGAUAGAGACGAGGCGCUCCGCCAGACUAGAAAGCUCCAAGCGCAGAUCCUUGAGCAAAUCAAUGACGCCGACGUUUGA